AUGAAACAAAAUAAUUCGUCAUCACCUAACAAUUUUGAUUUAUUUGUGAGUAAAAUUAUGUUUAACGUAAUUGGUUUUAAUUUACCAGUAAAAACAUCCGAUGCUAAAGAUAAAGAAGAAGAUGAGGACGACAAUCCAAAUGAUUAUGUCCUUGAUGCUACUAUCGUAUAUGAUCGAUCAUUAAAUUCUCAUCCAUUUGUUAUUGGCCAAUAUGCCGGUCGAGAAUAUUAA